GUGAUACAAAUCCACUCUCUUCCAAUCCUUUUUUUCUGCAAUUUUUUGACUCACCUUUAAGAUGUGCAGCAAGGCUGUGAUACCUUGUGCUCCUUUAAAUUCCAAAAGCCUAAAACCAGUUGGUUGUUGAUGAGAGGGGAAUACAAGCCCAUGUUCUUUCCUACAGGCCUUAGGUUUGACUCAAAAUGAAGAAGUUUCUAAAAAAUCGUAAAGGCAGAUAUUCUAAGCGACAGAGCUCAUCUGGGUCUGGUUCAGCGGUCAAAGAUUUCUUUCUUACGAUGCAGGCAUCGAACCAGGGCUGGCCGGAGGAGUUUGGUUUCCGAAUCAUUGGGUCUGGGCCUUGUUAUAUCCUCUAUGUAGAGGAUGGGAGCAGCGCACACAUUGCAGGUCUCCAGCCUGGGGACCAGAUCCUGGAGAUCGAGGGGCAGAACGUCUCCUCCAUGAACGCAGAGACUCUGAUCAGCAUGGUGUGGAAAUGCAAGAAUGUGCCACCCAGCAUCGGUGUGGUCUCACGAAUCGAACAGGUGGACAUCUCGCCAGGGAAAGAUGGCCGUUUUGGGUUCACCAUCGUGGGAGACAGCCCCCUACUGGUGGAGGACUGCCUACCAAACUCUCCGGCGGCUGAGUGCGGGCUCAAGGCCGGCGACUACGUGAUGGAGGUGAAUGGGAUACCGGUGAAGCAGCAUGAGAUCGCAGCCACCAUGAUCAAGGCCUCGCACGGGAGCACUCUGCGGCUGGGUGUGCUGUGCGUGGGGAGGAGGCAGAAGAGAGCGAGCAGUAGCAUUCGAGACUACGAUCAGAGCGGUGACAGCGUCCACCAGGAGCGCAAACACAAAGCCCUUGAGUUCAACACCAAGAUUGAGGAGGUGCUGGGAGACCAGCCCGAGGUGAAGGAGAAGCUGUUCACUGUGCUGAAGCAGUACGCAACGGAGCGCAAGGUAGAUUACCUGGCCUACGCCCUUCCCAUGAUCCUCACUGAAGAUCUCCACCACCAACUCAUUGACAGCAUCAGGAUCUUCAUCCCCAAGAAGCACCGACACCGGUUCGAUGAAGUGGUGUCUCAAAGCCUGAUCAACCGGAUCUGCAGCAGGAAGAGCUUCACUGAGCAGAGCCAGAACCGCCUGCACCGCAGCCGCAGCGAGGACCGCCAUGAGCGGCUACUGGUGUCCACCCGGGCCAGCUCCGUGCCGCGCUCCGGAGAGGAAAACACUGCCGGCAAGGGCUUGAGGAAGACCGCCUCCCUUGUCGCAGGCAGUUCGGGGGUCUCAGGGAACUGCAGGACAGUGCGUGUAUACAAAGGCAACAAGAGUUUCGGAUUUACAUUACGGGGACAUGCUCCAGUGUGGAUUGAUUCUGUCAUUCCAGGUAGCCCAGCUGAGAAAGCUGGCCUCAAACCUAGAGACCGCAUAUUAUUUCUUAAUGGACUUGACAUGAGAAACUGUUCCCAUGAGAAGGUGGUGUCCAUGCUGCAGGGAAGUGGUGCCAUGCCAACCCUAGUGGUGGAGGACGGACCUGCCAGCUUUGUCAUGGACCCUGAGCCUGAAGAGUCCCCCACCAGCUCUCACUCUCCUGCUCUCAGAUCUCUGCAGUGGGUGGCGGAGAUCCUGCCCUCCAGCAUCAAGGUACAGGGUCGAACUUUCAGUCAGCAGCUGGAACACCUGCUCACCCACCAGGAGAGCUACACCAUCUGCAAGGCUCUGGAGGGCUUCUUCCAGCACAGGAAUGUGGACACGCUGAUUGUGGACAUAUUCCCAGUGCUGGACACUCCGGCCAAACAGGUGAUCUGGCAGUUCAUCUACCAGCUACUGACCUAUGAAGAGCAGGAGCAUUGCCAGCAGAAGAUCGUGCGAUUCCUGGGGUACAAGUCUACCAUAGCAACUGAAAAGACUGAACAGGCCCCCGUAACACAUCGACGCAGCAGUUCAGUGCGAGUAUCAUCCAGCUGCAGGGAGAGGUGUAGCGUCCGAGCGAGCACCAUUGAGGAGGGGACAGGAAGGGGCCACAGUGACCUCGUGGAGGUGGGGAUGAGACUGGCUCCUGGAGAGAGGCAGUCUGGAGACGGGACGUCACUUCCAGAGACACCCAACCUCAAAAACAUGUCUGCAGUGUACGCGGAGCUAGAAAGCACCUACUCAGGGAAGAGGAGGAAGUCCGCUCAGAAACGAGUCUCUCCAGUGCCAGAACAACUGUUAAACUCAAGCAGCAGACUGCAGCCUUCCCCAAUUGCAUUAGGGAAUCGGAAGUCGGGCCUCUCUCCAUCCUGGCAGGAGCCAACGACCUCUCCACAGUUUCACUGCUACCCUCACAACCUCCCAUCCCCAGACAGUGCUGAGUCAAACCCCUAUGCCAGCCUGGACACCCCACUGCCCUCCCCUCAGCCCCUGGAGUACACCACCACCAGCCCCCUGUCCCACCGUAAAAAGCUCUUCACCUUCUCACGCCCCCCCCGCAGUCGCGACACAGACAAGUUCCUGAACGCCCUGAGCGAGCAGCUCGGACACCGGGUCACCAUCGUCGACGACUUAGUGUCGCCUGAGAACGACUAUGAAGAGCUGAGUUUCCAGGAUGAGCAUGAGGCCAGCUUCCUCUCCCAUGGCCGGGACAGUCCAAGCGAGUAUGUGAGCAGCAGCGAGGAGGGCUCCCUGAACUACUCCUCCUCCUCAGACCACAUCCCCCCUCCACCCCAGAGCCCCCCACCCCUGCCACCCAUCCACUUUCAUGACUCCAAGCCUGAGACACUGAAUCGGGAUAUGAACAGGAGUCUUCCUCUACCCCCACCCCCACCACCACCACCGCCGCCACCACCUCCGCCGCUACCUCUAAGGAAGCCCAGCCUGGAGCCUCGGACUUUUCACCGUCGCAGCGAGUCCAGCCACAUGAACGUCAAGCGUCUGCGGUGGGAGCAGGUGGAGAAGUCAGAAGGGACCAUCUGGGGUCAGCUUGGAGAAGACCCUGACUAUGACAAACUAAAUGACAUGGUAAAGUAUCUGGAUCUGGAGUUGCACUUUGGAACACAAAAGACUGCAAAGCCCACUUUCUUACCUGAGUUUAAAAAGAAAGACGUGGUUGAAAUUCUCUCUCGUAAAAAGGCGUAUAACACCUCUAUCCUGAUUGCCCACCUGAAGCUGUCCCCCGCUGAGCUGCGUCAGAUCCUGAUGACGAUGACCAAUGACCGCCUGGAGCCGUCACACAUCAAGCAGCUGCUGCUGUACGCCCCUGAUGAAGAGGAGGUCAAGCAGUACCAGCAGUACACGCAGGCCCCCAACAAGCUCAGUGAGCCAGAUCAGUUUGUUAUACAGAUGCUGUCGGUGUCAGAGUAUAAAACCCGGCUGCGAAGUCUUCACUGCAAGACAACUCUACAAGAGAAGACUGAGGAGAUGAAGGCUGGGUAUGAGUGCAUCUACAACGCCUCACUGGAGCUAAAGAACAGCAAGAAACUCGCUAAGAUACUGGAGUUUGUGUUGGCAAUGGGAAACUAUCUAAACAAUGGACAGCCCAAGACAAAUAAAACCACAGGAUUUAAAAUCAAUUUUCUCACAGAGCUUAGUACGACAAAAACAGUAGAUGGGAAAUCAACAUUCCUGCACAUUCUUGCCAAAUCACUGGGCCAACACUUUCCUGAACUUCUAGGAUUUGCCAAGGACCUAACCACAGUGCCCCUUGCUGCCAAAGUUAACCAUAGAACAAUCACAGCUGACCUUAAUGACCUUCACACCACCAUACAAGAAAUCCGGACUGCCUGCCAGAAAAUACCUGCAACUGCCGAUGACAGGUUUGCCACUGUAAUGAGCGGAUUUCUGGAAAACACCCACCCUGCUGUCCAGUCCCUGGACUCACAGCAGCAGCGAGCGAUCGAAGAGUUCAGCAAAGUGGCCUCCUUCUUCGGGGAAGAUAGCACAGCUACCACAACAGAGGCCUUCUUUGGCAUUUUUGCUGAGUUCAUCAGCAAGUUUGAGAGGGCUUUUGGUGAGAUGAGAGCCACAGAGAACCAGCGCAGUCCAAGAAUAAGCUCCCCACUGGCCUGGUGAAGUCUUUGAAACACCAACACAUUAUUACCAAAAUAAGUGCAUUUUUCUGAAAAGAAAAGAAUGAUCUCAGCUCCUUUGCCGAAAAGCGAAUAAAUAAAAGGCCGUGGAUGUAAAAUGUAUAAAGAACAGGACUAAGGUAGAAGCUUACAGGAGGGAGCAAAUAUUGUAUAUUGCAUUCUAUUACAAACAAGUCAUUUAAUCAACACAGUGAAUGUAAGUACUUUGUGACGAGAGACUGUACGUGAAGCAUUUGCAAAACGGUUGUGAAUCUAUGGUGACACAACACAUAGAAUACACUUGGGCACCAGACUCUCUACCCCAUAGUAAUACAGACAGGACUGUAUAAAUUAUAAGAAGAUAUUGCAAGAUAACGAAGGACAAAAUAAACAGUACAAAUCUAAUCAGUAAUGAAAUGAUUUGUCAUGCAAAAUGAAAACAGUUGAAAUAAAGAAGCAGUUUUAUCCUGCAGUUUUAAGAAGACAAAGCGACUGUAUAUUUAGGUACAGCUUAAUGAGACGGCUCAUUUGCAGUUUUCUACUUAAAUAUUUGUCCUUUAUUUAGGGGUUAUCUAUACAAGACCCUAAUAACAUAUAAUAUCUGUCAACCGCAAGUGCUCCGUGGCCACAUCUUGCAGGCUGUCUUCAGCAUUAAACAUGAGAGAUAAGAGACAAAUUAAACCUUUAAUCUAGCUUCGUAACCCCUUGAGACGAUAGCAAUGUCGGAAUCAGAUCAACAUUAUUGAGUACUUGCUGGUCGCUGCCAAAAUUUGAAAUAAUAACCAAAAAAAAAAAAAAAAAAAAAAAAAAAAAGCAUACAUAAUGUAAACUUAAAUAGGUUUUCUCCAUGGGAGGAUUGAUUUGAAUUAUUUUGCAUAUGAUAUCCACAGUAUGUAAAUCUCUCCUUUAGCUUCUCAAAUUGGAGACUAGAAAUACCCUGAAAGGGGUGAGAUAUUGUAGCUUUACAAACAACUUUUAGUGUUGAAAAACAUUAUGCUUUUUUAAAAAUUAAUUAUUUGAAUACUUAGGCUACUGGAAGACAUAUAUAGUACAGUCCAUACAGUAAGCACAGUCCUAAGCGCUGGUUCUCCCAAACAUAUUUUAAAAUCUGUUUGAGCGAGGAUACUUUUAUCUUGAAUCAAUAUAACGAGACGAUCAUAGAACGAUCAUUUAUAUGACUAAACAGCUUGUUCUAAUUGUCAUUUAUUGUUAGAAAGCUGUACAAUAAAAACUCUAUAUAUGUAUUGCUGUUAACUGUUUCCCGUUAUCACUACAUAACAUUCUUUUUAUGUGGAUAGCUAGACGACCAUGUAAAGAUGCUCUGUGAAGAAGAGAUGUUGCUUUGUUGGUUUUAUUCAGUGUUUUAUAUUUAAUUCUGUGGUUUACAUAACAGAAAUAUUCAGAGAUUCUCCAUUCUGUAUUUCUGAUUUCUCUAGCCCUCUAAAGUUUGAAAUAGCUUAUACUUUCAGUAAGGUCGCAAUGCUGCAAGAACUAAAGGGGAGCAAUUUAUUCUCUUUUUCUUUUUAUAUUACAUUUUUGUAAUUGAUAACCAGCAAUGACAUUAUUUUUAUUAAGCUACUAAAACGUGUCAAGUUUGAAUAUAUUCAUUUUUAUUUGCUUCACGUUGCAUAAGAUGAAUACAUAAAUAAACAGAACGUUUCUCAUAAUUGGUCAUUAAAUGAGCAGUUGCAUGUUUAUGAAUACAAUCUGAAGAAGUUAAGAGUCUUAUUGUAUUUACAGUUUGCCUCUUCUGAGUUAGGUAACAGUUAUAGCCUUUGGCUGAAUUUGACUCCUGGACAAGAUGAGAAACUCAGGUGACAGUCAUUCUCUUAACAGAUAGAUUUGUUUACUUACAUUACAUUACAUUACAGUACAUGAGCAGGUAUGGAUAUUUCAUGAAUGGCCUGAAUGAAAUUAAAUUGUAUGGUACUGCUAUAGCUAUACUUUAUAAUGGCUGUGUCACUGGUAUAACUGAAUCUAGGUUAAUGUGUUGAUGUUUACCUCAUAGUAAUUCAAUAUCAAUGCAACAUGAGUUUGUACAGAUGAGUUUAUUACAAAUAUACCAUCUCCUUUCAGCACAAUAUAGUACGGAGUUCACGAAAACAAAUGGGCAAAAAAAAAAAAAAAGAUUUUAGUGGGCUAGAGAAUAUUGCUACUUCUGCAGUAUUACUAUUAUGAUGUAUUUAUUAAUCAGAGAAUUGUGUGUGCAUGUGUAAAAUAUUAGAUCAAUAGAUUAUUAUUCCUAUUUAUUAAUUAAUUUAUUUUUGUUUUUCUGUUCAUAUUUUAAGCUGCUGUGCAUCAGCAUGUUUUAGGCCUGAAUCAUGCAUGCCUCAGCUUGUGGCAUGUAGGAAAUUCAUUGUUUUGUAUGGUGUACAGCAAUGUUAGACGCUGACAAUUAAAAAAUCUUUAUGGAGCCUAA